ACAAUGGACGAUAUCAUUGAGAGCAUUCUAUUCAUUGCCAGGAACGUCAAUGUCUUCAAGAUUCCUCCGCGGGCGUCCAAUGAGGGUUAUCGCGCCGCCGACUGGGUCGUCGAGAAGCCGCUGUGGAACGGCAGACUCAAGGUCAUAGAGCGCGGCGAACAGUGCAUCAUCAUAUUAGAGGACCCAAACACUGGCGAGCUCUUCGCGCAAGCGCCAUACGACAAGACAGGCGCCGCUGUUGAAGCGGUGCUUGAUUCAAGCCGAUAUUUCGUCUUUCGUGUGGAAGGCGAGGGUGGAAGGAAGGCUUACAUUGGGGUUGGAUUUGAGGAACGCACUGAGAGCUUUGACUUCAAUGUGGCCUUGCAGGAUUAUGUCAAGCGCGCGAAGGCAGCGACGGACCCGACAUCCACUAUUGUCGCAGCCGUGCAUGAGCCGCCUCCCGACUUUUCGCUGAAAGAGGGUCAGACGAUGACGAUCAAGAUCCCUGGGAAAGAUGGCAGGAAGACCGCCGGCACUUCUGCUUCGACUAGCGGGGGCAUCGGAGGUGGGUUCGGCCUGCUGCCACCCCCGCCGGCGAGUGGAGGAAUCCGCAGGCAAAAGUAACGCAGCGAUCACACUGUAUUAUAUCUCUCGCACGAUGAUGAAUACCCC